AUGGCCACUAUCGUAUUUUACGCCGUCAAAAAUACGGCACAAGCUACGUCGAGACGGAGUUUGAUUUCAAAUUUAAAGUGGCUUUCAAGAGCCGGGCCGUCGCGUCCGUCGUGUCCCCUUUCCAGUGGUCCUUUGACCACAUCCAGGACUUCUGGGGUCCGGUUCAUGUCCCAUGGGACCGCAGCCGGUCGAAGCAGGAGGGGAGUCUUGGCGCUGAGCGGAGCCGCUGCUGUCACUACAGCAGCCGCGGCGCUUGCAGGCUUUUUAGCCAACGUCGACCACUUCCGGCGGGCUGAGAUGGCUACUUUGGUACCCCAAGCAGCAGAGGAGACGGACCGUGAGGUUGACAUCUUGACCAGAUGCCGAGGGUUCAUGUCUCGUCCGGUCACUGACGUCGCUGCGCUGCAGGAGAGAAAGGAGGAGAUGUGCACCAAGAUGGAGAUGCUCAUCAUGGAGACACAGGCCGAGUUCUGCAAAGCCUUGGAGGAGGUGGACGGUGGGACCUUCAAAGUUGACCGGUGGGAUAGAAAAGAAGGUGGCGGUGGGAUCAGCUGUGUGAUGCAGGAUGGGAAAGUGUUCGAGAAGGCUGGAGUCAACGUCUCUGUGGUGUUUGGACACUUGACGGAAGAGGCUGCCCGGCAGAUGAGGAGCAGGGGGAAGGUCCUGAAAGGGAAAAAUGGCAAGCUGCCGUUCUGCGCCAUGGGGGUGAGCUCCGUCAUCCACCCCAAGAACCCGCACAUCCCCACCGUGCACUUCAACUACAGAUACUUCGAGAUCCAAGAAGAAGACGGCUCCAAGCAGUGGUGGUUCGGCGGAGGCACAGACCUGACCCCCGUCUAUGUCAAUAAAGACGAUGCCUUUCACUUCCACAACACCCUGAAGGAGGCCUGCGACAAGCACCACCCGCAGUACUACCCCAACUUCAAGGAGUGGUGCGACAGGUACUUCUACAUCCGUCACAGAGGAGAGACGCGCGGCAUCGGGGGGAUCUUCUUCGACGACCUCGACGCCCCCGGCCAGGAGGAGGCGUUUGGCUUUGUGAAAAGCUGCGCCCGCACCGUGGUACCGUGCUACCUGCCCAUCGUCCGCAAACACCUUCACGACCCUUUCACCGCCGAGGAGAAGGACUGGCAGCAGGUGCGGCGAGGAAGGUACGUGGAGUUCAACCUGGUGUACGACAGAGGGGUGAAGUUCGGCUUGGCCACGCCCGGAUCCCGAAUCGAGAGCAUCCUCAUGUCCCUGCCCCUCACCGCCAGGUGGGAGUACAUGCACGAGCCCGUCCUCGGCACCCGAGAGGCGGAGAUGCUGGAGGUGCUACGAAACCCGAAGGAGUGGGUGUGACCUUGGUCUUGUUGUCAAAUCCAUCUUUUAUUGGUGUUUAUGUUUACCUUCCUAAGUGGUCAUGUGACUGACGUGUGUGUAAAUGUACUUGAUGAAACGUGGAAACAUAAACGCUUGCUCCCCCACCAUCAACGACAGAGUCCAUAAAUGUUUGCCUCCUGGAUCAGCUCGUGUUUAAAUGUCAGCCGGCUUUUCAUGUCUCGCUGGUUUUUAAGAAAACAAAACAGGGAAAUGUAAAGGGGGGUGGCGCCUCCUGCUGCUAACCUCUGGCCCACCUUUUCAGAGAGACUUGGUGGGUUUAUGGAAUAAAUAGUAGGGGAGCACCGUAAUUAUAUGAGGGAAUGAUGACACGAUAAAUCUGAGAACAUUAAAAGGAGCGCCGAUAACCCAUCAUUUAAAAAAAAACUGUCCAAUGAGGCGAGAUUACCGUCAACACCCACGCCCUCUACAAGAAGGGCCAGAGUCGCCUCCACCUGCUGAGGAGACUGAGGUCCUUUGGUGUGUGCAGGACUCUUUUACGGACCUUUUAUGACUCUGUGGUGGCCUCAGCCAUCUUCUAUGCUGUGGGCUGCUGGAGAGGGGGCAGCACGGACAGGGACAGGAGCAGGAUCAAUAGGCUGAUCAGGAGAGCCAGCUCUGUCCUGGACGGUCCUCUGGACUCCGUGGAGGAAGUGGGGGAGAGAAGGAUGUUGGCUAAGCUGACAUCCAUCAUGGACAACACCUCUCACCCGCUACAUGACACUGUGGGUUCCCUUAGCAGCUCCUUCAGCAGCAGACUGUUACACCCACGGUGUAAGAAGGAGAGGUUCCGCAGGUCCUUCAUACCGACCGCUGUCAGGCUCUACAACACCUGCACCACCUGAACCAUGUUGUAGACACUAUGUAUUCUUUACUUGCGUAUCUUGCUUGCUGCUGUAACAAGUCAAUUUCCCUGCUGUGGGAUCAAUAAAGUACAGUACAAUACCUGUACUG